GAAGAGUCCGUGAGAAUACAAUCACUUCAUCUUCAUAUGGACUUGGCAGAAGGUAUAAAGAUGGCAACUGCAAAAGACUGUCAAGAAGUGGCCUGUGCCCCAGAAGAGGAUUGUAAAUUAAAUCCCAAUUUCAUUGACAAUAUGGAGCCAAAAUUUGGAGAAGAGGAAUGCCUCUUAAGUUGUGAAGCAGUAAUCAAAUUCUCUGAUCCUGGGUGUGUCAACUUAAAGAAUUCAAAUGGAAAGAUUGCCUUCUUCAAAAAAGAAGAAGAAGUGGUCAUAUUUGAAGAGAUGACAGAUCAUGAGAAGAUAGAAAAUGCCCCCUGGACUCAAUUUAUGCUGCAGAUGUAUUGUUGCAAUGGCCCAACAUCCUUGGUGGCCUUCUCUGUGAAGAGUGAAAAUGAGAGUUAUAUUCUCUCUUGCAAAAAUUAUCAAGAACUUCAUUUUAAGCAUGGUGAUUUUCCAUAUACGAUUGAAGACAAAGACCAAGAUAUCUUGUUCUGGCAAAGUAAAGUUAUAGGUUGUGAAAAGGUAGAAUUUAAGUCAUUCUUAUAUCCAGAAUACUAUCUGGCAUGGGAGAAAAUUCAGGACAAAUAUGAGAUUCUAGUUUUAAAGAAAAAGCUUGACAAUGUAGAAAUGUCUACAAUGUUCACUUAUGAAAGAAACAGAAACUAUGAGAACUGAGUAUUUUUUGAUAGACUUAGUUCUUCUUAACAAUAUGAUGAUCUAAGGUAAUUCCUAAAGACUCAUUCUGGAAAAAAGCUAUCCACCUCCAGAGAAAGAAAUAUGGAGUAAGGAUGCAGAUUAAAGCACAUUGUUUUCA